UUUUUUUUUUAAUAUUUUUAUUCAUAUUCUUACAUUAACUUUCUCAUUUGAGUAAGCUAAACUAUGGCAGUUAUAUCUACUCUUUUGUCAGGUUUUUCAAUCACGACUUUUAUUUAUAAAGCCUUUAUGGCCAUUGCUCUUUAUUGGGCAUUCCAUAUCUUGUCUCAAUUGGUUAUCCCCAAGAACCCUAAGGUUGUUCCUACUGUCUUUUCUUGGAUACCUAUCUUCGGUAAUGCAAUUGAAUUUUCAAAAGAUCCUAUCACUUUCCUUAAAAAGUGUCAACAAAAAUAUGGCGAUGUUUUCACUUUCCAACUCUUGAAUAAACGUGUCACUGCUUGUUUAGGUCCUGACGGUAAUCAAUUUGUCUUUAAUGCUAAGCAAAACCUUGCUUCCGCUGCUGCUGCUUAUAAUCAUAUGACAAAAUAUGUCUUUGGUGAUGAUAUUGUAUUUGAUGCUCCUCAUAGUGUCUUUAUGGAACAAAAGAGAUUUAUUAAGGCUGGUUUGAAUAUUGAAACUUUCCGCAAGGAUGUACCCCUGAUCCUUGAUGAAUGUAACAAAUUCUUUGAUAAAUUUGAAAAGACAGGUACCUGUGAUGCCUACAAAAUGUUUGGUUCUCUCAUCAUCAACACUGCCUCUCGUGCUCUCUUGGGUCCUGAAAUUCGUAAUUCCCUUGACGAUGGUGUCGCUAAACUUUAUUAUGAUUUGGAUCAAGGUUUCCGUCCCAUUAACUUUAUGUUCCCUAAUUUACCUCUCCCUGCUUACCGUAGACGUGAUGAAGCGCGUGCAAAAUUGGCUGCACUUUAUGAACGUAUUAUUGAAAACAGACGUAAGCACCCUGAAGAACAACAUGAUGAUCUUCUUCAAACCCUUAUGGAUUCUCGUUAUAAGGAUGGUUCUCCUAUCCCUGAUCACCAAAUCUGUGGUAUCUUGACCGCUGCUCUUUUCGGUGGUCAACACACUUCCUCUACUACCUCUGCUUGGACUAUCUUGGAACUCGCUCAUCGUCCUGAUAUCAUUAAGGCUGUUCGUCAAGAGAUGAUUGAUAAACUUGGCUCUCUUCAAGUUGAUUUCACUUAUGAUAAUUUGGAAGAACUUACGUUGUUAGAGGAUGUCGUCAGAGAAACCCUCCGUCUUCAUCCUCCUAUCUUCAAUAUGAUGCGUCGUGUCGUUGCUGACAAGAUGAUUUAUGAAAAGAGUGGUCUUGAGAUUCCUAAGGGUAACUUCCUCUGUGCUGUUCCCGGUGUAACUCAAAUUGAUCCCAACUACUUUUACAAUCCUAUGAAAUGGGAACCUAUGCGUUGGUCUGAAAAAAAGGAUCCUGUCCAUCAACUUGAACAAGGUGAUGAUGCUAAUAUCGAUUAUGGUUUUGGUGCUGUCGGUAUUUCUUCUCGUAGUCCCUUCCUUCCCUUCGGUGCUGGUCGCCAUCGUUGUAUUGGUGAAAAGUUUGGUUAUUUGCAAUUAAAGGCCAUUAUCGGUACCUUUAUCAAGAGAUUCGAUUUUGAAACUGUUGCUGAAUCUGUUCCUAAGCCUGAUUAUACCUCCAUGGUCGUUGUUCCUUCUGAUAGCAGAAUUCGUUUCACUCGUAGAGAUUAAAUUGCUUCUUUUCAUAUUUUUUUAUACACAUAUAUACAUACAUACAUGUAUAUAUAUAAUAUAAUUUUUCUUUUUUUUUUUCGUUUAUUAACCUGUAAUUAUUAUGUAUCCAUACAACACAUACACACACAUCAAUAUUAUCUGUAGUCUUUUUUAUUAUUAUUAUUUACAUUUAGAAAAUAAAAAAAAA